AUGUCGCUGUAUGAUGAAGAUCAUUGCAACUCUGAAAUAUCCAGAGAUCGGUUCAAAUUGGAUGCGAUUUCACUGAAUAAACCACCAGAAGAAGUAUUCGAUAUUGUCGGGAAACUUGGCGAAGGGUCGUAUGGAUCGGUACACAAAGCAAUUCAUAAGGAAACUGGACAUGUGCUCGCAGUUAAGAAAGUGCCUGUGGAUACGGAUUUACAGGAAAUUAUCAAAGAGAUUAGUAUAAUGCAACAGUGUGACAGUAAAUAUGUUGUUAAAUACUACGGGUCAUACUUCAAAAACUCCGACCUUUGGAUUGUUAUGGAAUAUUGUGGCGCUGGUUCAGUUUCAGAUAUUAUGAGGAUUCGUAAAAAAACAUUAAAUGAAGCAGAAAUUGGUGCUGUUACUAGGGAUGUUCUGAAAGGUUUACGUUACUUGCAUGAUUUAAAGAAGAUCCACCGAGAUAUCAAGGCUGGCAAUAUAUUGCUGAAUGCGGAAGGUCAUGGAAAACUAGCAGACUUUGGUGUCGCUGGCCAGUUAACGGAUACUAUGGCUAAAAGAAACACUGUUAUUGGAACACCGUUUUGGAUGGCACCAGAAGUGAUUCAAGAAAUUGGUUAUGAUACAAAAGCCGACAUUUGGUCACUUGGGAUUACUGCCAUGGAAAUGGCUGAAGGUCGUCCACCACAUGCUGAUAUUCAUCCAAUGAGGGCAAUUUUUAUGAUUCCAACAAAACCACCACCAACACUGAAACGUGAAGCCGACUGGUCACUAGAUUUUGUGAAUUUUGUUGGUCAGUGUUUGAUCAAAAACCCUGACGAGAGAAAAUCAGCCCAUGAUCUACUGGAGCAUCCAUUUGUGAUUAACGCAUCACCAUCAACCGUUUUGUUGAAUAUGAUUGAUGAAGCUCGAAGCAUCGCUGAUUCUUCUGUUCAAGAAUUCCAGGAAUGUGCUGACGAAGAUGCAGGUGAUUCCACUUUAAUACAUGAAAGAAUACAUGGUGAUGAAUCUAGUGAAGUGGAGGAUAUGACACUUAUACGGCAUGAUAUUCCAUCAACACCAACCAGUGGUAUAUCACAUGUCACUUAUUUUUCUGCGAUUUUGCUAGAAAUUGUAGGAGAACCUUAUAAAAUGGUGUCUUCAGAAACAAUUACGCAGCAGGUUAAUUCAAUGCGACUAACUGGUAUUCGUCCUCCAGGUGAUACAAGUUACGUGCAUAACCCGCAAGAAGCAAAUUCAGUAACUGAAGGAGGAAAGUCACUGGAAUUAUCCAGUCAUAAGAUGCUCUACGUAAACCAGAAAAUGGAAGAGCAAAAGAGGGAUAAGAAAAUUCCAAUGAAUGGUGGUAUUUAUUAUGGUAAUGGAGAUAUGGUGAAUGGUAUUGGUAUGCCGCAAACAUUCUUCAGUGCAGAUUCAUCUUGCGACACUUCAUAUAUCGAUCAACAUUUUAAUAAAGCAUACCUAGAUGGCGACUACAGUUUUUUGGCUGAACUUCCACUGGAGGAAUUAAUGAGAAGAAAAGCAAAUCUAGAAGCUGACAUGGAUGUGGAAUUACGCGAGUUGCAAGCGCGCUAUCAGACCAAAAGGCAGCCAAUUUUGGAUGCGAUCGAAAAUAAGAAAGCCAAAAUAACUCAGUAUAGAUGA